AUGAAUUAUAACAAUUCUUUCAUACCCCCAACCCAUGUGGUUAAGAACAUAUACACAAGUGCAAAAACUAAGUUUUUUCUUAUUAAAAGCUCGUCAGAUAAAAAUAUAGCGAUUUCGUUGAAUUAUAAUAUUUGGGCAACAACACCAAAAAAUGAAUAUAAAUUUGUUUCAGCGUUUAUGGAACAUGAUUAUGUCAUAUUAGUUUUUUCAGUUAACGGUAGUUCUAAAUUUUGUGGUUAUGCGAUUAUGCAAUCCAAACCCGGAGAAUCAAAGAAUAAUAACGUUUAUUUUUAUUAUGACAAUAAGGUUUUUAGAGGAAAAAACUUUGACAUCCAAUGGAUACGAGUUAUCGAUGUGCCCUUUCAAGAAGUUGCCCAUUUGAAGAAUAGCCUCAAUGAAAACAAACCAAUAAAAGUUGGAAGAGAUGGACAGGAAAUAGAACAGAUGGCUGGUAUUCAGUUAUGUGAAGCAUUUGAAUCGAAUUUUAUUAAGAUUAACAAUAACUUAACAGAUACGAAUGCCAAACCAAACAUCCCACCUAUGUAUAAUAUGAAUGCAAACAAUUAUGUAGAGAGUCCAAAUAUGAAUGAAAAUAUUGAUAUGAUAAAAUUAUAUCCUUAUAAUAAUAACUUUAAUAUAAAUUAUAAUAAUUUUCGUAAUUUAUAUGAAGAGUCUCAAUAUAAUUUAUUUAAUUUUUAUAAUCCAGCUUUACAUAUCUUUCCAAUAGAUCUUACUAAUAUGAAUUAUGAUGAAUACAUAUAUUUAUAUGAAAAAUCCCAGUUAGUUUGGCAACAAAAAAUGUUACAAAUGAAGGCCAAUAUGAAUUGUAUUAAGCAAUAA